UCAUCCAGAGUCGGUCAGCUGGCUCCACCAUCUGAACAGCAGCAGGGAGAGCCUCUCCCAUAGGGAGACACAGCACCAUCACCACCACCACCACCCGAGUCUGGCCAACAGCCGCCCGCUGGAAGGGUUGAACAAAAACAUGGAGGAAACGACAUUAUAGCAGCGGAUUUGGACUGAUAGAUUAUUUAUUUCCCUUAUUUAUUAUUAAUUUAUUUAUUUCCCUUAGCCAGCAGCAAUGGCCGAGGUCCAUGGCUGCGGCUGCUGAGAGAAAGGCAGGUGCAAUAUCAUCGACGAAGGAAGGCAUGGACUCAACGAGGGCCGACCCACAGGCUGGCCACUGCGCCCAGGAUCAGACGCUCUCUGCGGGAGGAGAGUGAUAGCUUGGCCGCGUCUGGAGGCGACACAACCGGGCUGCUGCUGGAGGAGGAGGAGGAGGGGGCCUCUUUACAUCUUUACAUCAAGAUAUUACAGCCACUUAUUUCAAGGUUAUGCGCCCUUACACACAGCAACAAGCCUGUCUUCAUGCAGUGAAUCUGUGCUGCUGCAACAUUACUGUUAUUUGAGUAAAUCCUGUGAUUAAAUGUGCGUUUUUCUGCACUGACUGCAAACCUUGUGACAGAUCUCGCCUUAUUGUAGGCCCUGAAAUAAAAAAAUAAAAACACUGUGAGCGCAGCCUCCUCCUCCAUCAUCAUCCAGCCGGUUCCUAGCAGCUUUGCCAAGAUGAUGGAGCUGCAGAUAGACGAGGUGGUGUACCAGGACGACUACGGCUCCGGCUCCGUGAUGUCGGAGCGUGUGUCCGGCCUGGCCAACAGCAUCUACCGGGAGUUCGAGCGGCUGAUCCGCAGCUACGACGAGGAGGUGGUGAAGGAGCUGAUGCCGCUGGUGGUGAACGUCCUGGAGAACCUGGACGCGGUGCUGACGGAGAACCAGGAGCACGAGGUGGAGCUGGAGCUGCUGAAGGAGGACAACGAGCAGCUCAUCACCCAGUACGAGAGGGAGAAAGCGCUUCGCAAGCAGGCGGAGGAGAAAUUCAUUGAAUUUGAGGAUGCGUUGGAAGCUGAGAAGAAGGACCUGCAGGUGCAGGUGGAGUUUCUGGAGCUGCAGACGAAACAGCAGGAGCUCAAGUCAAAGAACUAUUCUGACCAGAUCACUCGGUUGGAGGAGCGAGAAUCAGACAUGAAGAAAGAGUACAACGCUCUGCACCAGCGCCACACUGAGAUGAUCCAGACGUACGUCGAGCACAUAGAGCGGUCCAAAAUGCAGCAGGCAGGCAGCCAAUCAGAAGCCCCCGGCUGUGGACGAACCAAAGCGGAGCGCCCGCCUUCAUUGAGCCUGUACCCCAGCGGCGAGGGCAUGGUACGUGGGGGUCUCGGGGGGGCUAGGAUGAUGCCCGGGAAAGACAUCUGGCAGGUCAGCGAGCUCGGCCAGUCUACCUUCUGCCUAUCAGGUGGGACAGACAGCGGCCAUGACCUCCUCUUCCACGACCACAACCGCAGCCUGGAGAGUGGAAGGAGGAGGGGCGGGCCUUAUUGCUGCCCGUCCUGCUAUCAGAUUGGUUGGUGCUGUUUGUCUCCUGCUUCCAUGUCAUUGUCUCAAACCACCAAGGAGGACGGAUCAGAGUCCGACUUGGAGGCGGCCACACCCAGCAGCACAGGAAGCAAGUCCAACACACCCACCUCCUCCGUCCCCUCCGCCACUGUCACCCCCAUCAACGAGGGCUUCCUCCCGCCAACCGAGUUUGAUGUGAUGCGGGCUGGGAACCGCAGGAAAGGUGCCAAGCGGCUCAGCCGAAAUAUGGAGGUGCAGGUUUCCCAGGAAACCAGGAAUGUCAGCAUCGGUAUGGGAAGCAGCGAUGAGUGGUCCGAGUUUCAGGAGAUCAUCGAUUCUACCCCUGAGCUGGACAUGUGUGUGGACCCCCGUGUGUACGGAGGAGGAAACAGCCCCUCCCAGGGCAUCGUGAACGAGGCCUUCGGCAUCAACACCGACUCUCUCUACCACGAGAUCAAAGACGCCAAGUCGGACAUCAUUGGAGAUGUAGAUGCAGGCGCAGAGCUGCUAGGCGAGUUCUCAGUCCGUGAUGAUUUCUUCGGGAUGGGUAAGGAGGUGGAGAACCUGCUGACGGAGAACAAACAGCUCCUAGAGACCAAAAAUGCUCUCAACAUUGUGAAAAAUGACCUUAUUGCCAAAGUGGACGAGCUGUCGGGGGAGCAGGAGGUGCUGAGGGAGGAGCUGGAGGCUCUGAGGCAGUCCAAGAACAAAGUGGACGCCAGAGUCAAGGAGCUGGAAGAAGAACUCAGGAGGUUAAGAGCAGAGGCUCUCGGUGCGUCUCGGGACUCCAAGGAUGAAGGAGGCGACGAUUUUUCAUCACCCAUGCAGGACGGCGACAUGACAAUGACGCAGCGGCGGCGGUUCACCCGGGUGGAGAUGGCCCGCGUGCUGAUGGAGAGGAAUCAGUACAAAGAGAGACUGAUGGAGCUGCAGGAAGCCGUACGGUGGACGGAGAUGAUCAGGGCGUCCAGGGAGAGUCCUCAAAUCACAGAGAAAAAGAAGUCCACCAUCUGGCAGUUCUUUUCGCGUCUCUUCAGCACAUCGUCCAGCCCUCCACCCAUCAAGCGGCCGUACUACAGCGUCAACAUCCACUACAAGUCGCCCUCGCCGGCUGGUUUCUCUCAGCGCCGCAGCCACACCAUGUGUCAGAUCUCCACCUCAAACCGCACGCUGGAGUUCUUCCCCGAAGAUGACUCGGCACUGUUGGCUCGCCGAGAGCAGCGGCGUGAACAGUACCGGCAGGUCCGCGAGCACAUGCGCCGCGAUGACGGCAUCAUGCAAGCCUGUGGCUGGAGCGUGCCAUCUCGCUUCAAACAGCCUGGUGUUCCGACGGACAGCGCUCAGGACAGCCCGCUGAAGAGACCACAGAUCACUAACGAGAAAGAGGACAACCGCAUGAAGAAUGUGCCCGUCCCGGUGUACUGCCGUCCUCUGGUAGAGAAGGACCCCAACAGAAAGUUGUGGUGUGCAGCUGGCGUGGACCUGACAGGAUGGAAGGCCAGCAGCCCGGAGGUGGUACCAGCCAAAGCACUGUCAGGCGGCAGCGACCCCCUGCACGUUGAGGAGAACGGAGGUGGCAAGAAGAGCAGCCAUAGCUCCCCAGAGAAGAGGAAGUCGAAGGAACUCCAGGAAACAGACACCAUGAGCAGUCGAGUGUGGAUCCUCACCAGCACCCACUCUGCCAGCAAGGUGGUCAUCAUCGAUGCCAACCAGCCGGGCUCGCUGGUCGACCAGUUCAACGUCUGCAACGCCCACGUGCUCUGCAUCUCCAGUGUGCCUGCUGCCAGCGAGAGCGACUAUCCAGCAGGAGAGAUCGUGUUGGAUCCAGGUGACGGUGGAGCAGGCGCUGGUGGCGAGGAUGCUGGCAGCGUGGAGGGCAUGUUGGCUGGUAUCACUCUCGUCGGCUGUGCCACCAACUGCAGCGUCGCCCGUAGCAACUGCUCCUCACGCACUGACACGCCCAUAAUGGACAAAGGACAAGCCCCCACCGCUCCCCCCAUGAAUGGGAAGAUUCACACUGCCCAGUCGGCCGAGGAGGCCAUGGAGGCCACAGAGGUUCCCGAGUCAACGGCCAGCCAAGCAGAGCUGAGAUCUGGACCUCCAGGACCAUUUACUGAGCACGUCUUCACCGACCCCCAGCCUCGUCUAUCAGACGCCUCUGACAGGAGCGCAGGUCAAUCCAAAGAGGAAACUUCUCAGCUUCCAGAGUCGGAGGACGGAGGUGAAGACACCAAGACCUACACCAGCGUGGCCCCCACUAUGUGGCUCGGGGCCCAGAACGGCUGGCUCUACGUCCACUCAGCCGUUGGAAACUGGAAGAAGUGCCUCCACUCCAUCAAACUCAAAGACUCUGUGCUCAGUCUGGUACACGUGAAAGGUCGUGUGCUGGUCGCCCUCGCUGACGGGACCCUCGCCAUAUUCCAUAGAUCAGAGGAUGGCCAGUGGGAUUUGUCCAAUUACCACCUAAUGGACCUCGGUCGGCCUCAUCACUCCAUCCGCUGCAUGGCUGUAGUACAUGAUAAGGUUUGGUGCGGCUACAAGAACAAGAUCCACGUCAUCCAGCCCAAGAGCAUGCAGAUCGAGAAGUCCUUCGACGCCCACCCUCGCAGGGAGAGUCAGGUGCGACAGCUUGCGUGGAUCGGUGACGGUGUUUGGGUGUCGAUCCGGCUAGACUCGACCCUGCGUCUCUACCAUGCGCACACACACCAGCACCUCCAGGAUGUGGACAUCGAGCCAUACGUCAGCAAGAUGCUGGGUACUGGCAAGCUGGGCUUUUCUUUUGUGCGAAUCACAGCACUUCUGAUUGGUGGAAACCGUCUCUGGGUAGGAACUGGAAACGGCGUGAUCAUCUCCAUCCCACUGACAGAGACGGUGGUCCUUCACCGGGGACAGCUCCUUGGGUUGAGGGCCAAUAAGGUGUCUCCUACAUCGUCCGGCGGAGUGAUCCAUGUGUACGGUGACGACGGCUCUGAGAAGAGCACCGGCAGCUUCAUCCCCUACUGCUCCAUGGCACAAGCCCAGCUCUGUUUCCACGGACACCGCGAUGCUGUCAAGUUCUUCGUCUCUGUACCCGGUAAUGUUCUGGCCACCCUAAACGGCAGUGUACUUGACAGUCCAUCGGAGGGGCAGGGGUCAACAGCGCCCCAAGAGACUGAGGCCCAGAGUGUUCACAAUGUGUUGGUGCUGAGUGGAGGAGAGGGCUACAUCGACUUCCGUAUAGGAGAUGGAGAGGAUGAUGAGACAGAGGCAGAAGCAGACAGUGGUGGAACAUCGCAGAUAAAACCUGCUUUGUGUAAAGCUGAGCGGAGCCACAUCAUCGUCUGGCAGGUGUCUUACAUACCUGAGUGACACCUGGAUCUGCUUUAACACCCACACCCACUCACCUCCUUAAAGAAAUCUCCUCCUGCCCCCCAAAAGCUUCCAGCCACCCAAACCUUGUAAUUAUCCCUGGUCAUGUAAAAGUUCCCCCUUGGCUCUAAAACGACCCUCCAAGCCGUGUAUCGUACCCUUGUAACUAUUAUAUCCCCUCCUGCCCCGUCACCUUGUAACUUAAAUGCCUUGUAAGUACCUCCUCUGAUCUAGUAAUCUGCCUGCCAUCCUGUUUCUGUCCCACACAGGGCAUUGUUACUAUCUUCAUGAGCCUUGUAACCCAGCCUCAUAACUACCUCCCUCCUCUGCAUCGAUCUUAUAUUCACCCUGUAAGCACACUGUAUCUCCUCCUAUAUUUACCUCAACUGUCCUGCAUCUGCCCCAGAGUUAUCCUCCUCUUCCUACACUUAGUUUGUCACCUGUGAAGCCUCCACCUUGUCUUAAAGGAAAGCCCUGAGCCCUAACAUGCAUCAAUUGUACCAAAAAAAAAGAAGUACAAAAAUGUGAAUGACAACAGUGACUUGCAUUUUCACCAGAAACCUGUCUGAUUUUUCUAACAGCUAAUCAGUAAUCCAUAACCAUUUAUGCCAUGAUAUGUUUAAAUGCAGUUAUUGGAUGCAGGUGUCUUUUGACAGUGUGUGUGAGUUAAAACAAGACAGCAUACAGACUUGUUUUGGCUUCAAGAUUGUAAUGGAUGGCAAAUAGGUUUGGGUCACUUUUUACGACAACAUGGAAGAAAAUGGAAAGUCAAAAUUACAGCAUGUCAGAUUCAGUACAGAAGUCUGGGCUUUUUUGGCCGCUAUCUAAAACAUUUUGCAUCCAAUCUCGCAGUCACGUCUAUUUAAACAGUCUCGAUUAAUGACGUCUGCUCAUUUUCUAUCCUGAUCAAAACAACCCUCAUGAGGAUAUAAUGACUUAGAGUGCGGUAACAGGCCCCAAAUGAACCCCCGAUGUGAAUCAAAUGUCAUGCUAGAGUCGUGUGAACAAGGUUAUUUAAACCAGUCGAAUGGGGUUGUGCUUUAUGUGUCAAGGGUUCAGUCCGAGACUAAUUUCUCUCAUCUGACUGGCUGUUGAUCAGACGGUUCGUUGUGAAGCAGGUGAACAGUGAUGUGUUGUCAUUAUGUGUACAGGGAUUAUUGUAAAUCUCCAGACACACUGAAGCCCAUCCUCUUUGUUCAGUAUGGAAAUUCAUGCAUUGAUCUCUAUCUGUGUGGAUUAAAUAUUAAACAUAUUUGUGUGCUGAAAAAACGUA